CCUGCCUGGUGACUCAUGACGCGGCCCCAGUUCUCACUCCCAAUGCGGGUCCGGUUUCUACAGCAGUCAAUCAGCGUCUCCGCGGUUCCCGGUUAUAAAGUCGCCACCACCUUGCGGAACUCAGAUUCUCCCCAGAUCGCAAAGAUGUGGGUCAUGGAGCCUCGCACCUUCCUCCUGCUGCUCUCGGGGGCCCUGACUCUGACCGAGACCUGGGCAGGCUCCCACUCCAUGAGGUAUUUCAGCACCGGCGUGUCCCGGCCCGGCCGCGGGGAGCCCCGCUUCAUCGCCGUCGGCUACGUGGACGACACGCAGUUCGCGCGGUUCGACAGCGACGCCGCGAGUCCGAGGAUGGAGCCGCGGGCGCCGUGGAUGGAGCAGGCGGGGCCGGAGUAUUGGGAGCGGGAGACGCGGACCGCCAAGGGCAACGCACAGACUUUCCGAGUGGGCCUGAACAACCUGCGCGGCUACUACAACCAGAGCGAGGCAGGGUCUCACACCCUCCAGUGGAUGUCUGGCUGCGACGUGGGGCCGGACGGGCGCCUCCUCCGCGGGUACAGUCAGGACGCCUACGACGGCGCCGAUUACAUCGCCCUGAACGAGGACCUGCGCUCCUGGACCGCGGCGGACACGGCGGCUCAGAUCACCCGGCGCAAGUUGGAGGCGGCCGGAGUGGCGGAGGACUACAGGAAGUACCUGGAGGGCCCGUGCGUGAAGUGGCUCCUCAGAUACCUGGAGAACGGGACGGAGACGCUGCAGCGCGUGGAACCCCCAAAGACACAUGUGACCCACCACCGAGUCUCUGACCAUGAGGUCACCCUGAGGUGCUGGGCCCUGGGCUUCUACCCUGCGGAGAUCACCCUGUCCUGGCAGCGUGAUGGGGAGGACAUGACCCAGGACACGGAGCUUGUGGAGACCAGGCCUGCAGGGGACGGGACCUUCCAGAAGUGGGCGGCAGUGGUGGUGCCUUCUGGAGAGGAGCAGAGAUACACGUGCCAUGUACAGCACAAGGGGCUGCCUGAGCCCGUCACCCGGAGAUGGGAGCCAUCUUCUCAGCCCACCAUCCCCACAGUGGGCCUCAUUGCUGGCUUGGUUCUCCUUGCAGCUGUGGUCACUGGAGCUGUGAUCUGCAGGAGGAAGCGCUCAGGUGGAAAAGGAGGGAGCUACACUCAGGCUGCAGGCAGUGACAGUGCCCAGGGCUCUGACGUGUCUCUCAUGGAUCCUAAAGUGUGAGCUGGCUUGUCGGGGACUGAGUGACGCAAGAUUUGUUCACGCUCCCACUUUGUGGCUUCAAGAAUCCCGUCUAGUUUUUCUGCAGCUGGCAUCUGAGUGUGUCUGUGUUCCUAUUAGCAUAAUAAGAGGAGGUGGGGAGACUGGCCCACUCCCCGCCUGCCCACCACGACCCGCCCACACACUUACCUGUGUUAUUUGCCCUGAUGACUUCCCUGUUCCAGCGGAGGUGUGGCUGGGCCGUCUCCAUCCCUGUCUCAACUUCCUGUUGCACCGAAUAGUAAUGAUUUGCUUCCUUGUUGAAAAUGUGAAUCCAAAUGUGAAAUUUUUUUCGAAUUCUUGUCAUAAGGGAUUGUUGUGUUAAUUAAAGAAGAAAUUUCCUAAAGUUUGAGAGAGGAAAUAAAUGGAAGCACUGAGAACCUUCUA